CCACCUAUAUGUCUGCGUGUGUGUGUGUGUUUGUGUGUGUCCAUGGAAGGUAAUAAUUAACAACCAUGCCUACUGGUUCCCUUUCUCCCUUCCUUAGAGCUCUGGGAGAAGGAGGCCUUGCUAAUCACCUCUCCGUCUUGACUGCCAGAGGAACUCGGGUUCAAACAGGUCGCUUUGGUUUUCCCAGCCUGGUCCCCAAACAGAUGUGUACGGACUGAACGAGCCCAAAAAUGAACACGUUAUCGCUUGUCCGCAUCGGAAACAGGACACUUUCCAGGGCCGAGUUUUCGUCUUUGCUCAACACUUAUAAUUGUUUUCUGAAAGACAAGCCGAACCAGCAUCUAACUGUAUAUGAGACAGGACACGACAUCAGAUUGGAUGGGCUUCUGGUCAUCUUCUGGGGAAUUCGGAGACCUAUCCGGCUCAAAAUCCAAGAUGAAAAGCCAAAUCCCUCUCCAAAAUCACCAGAUCCUACCAGCCCCUUAGGAGGAAAAAGAGGUAUGACACGAUGGGGUGAAUUUGACGACCUGCACCACAUUGACGAGAUGGAGGAAACAAUGCAAGAAAUACCAGAGCCACUUGCUAAUGACAGCACAGGCCCCAGGGAGUAUGAGAGCAGCACCCUGAGGACUCCGCGGCUGAAGGCGGCACUGGAGGAGGCCUCGAACCUGUUCCGCUCUAUGAGUGAUGCCUCGCUGGUGAAAAAAAGGGUGAAGAGCAAGACAGCAGCUGAGAGGCAACAGGCCCGUCACCAUCGUUUCUCCAUCAACGGCCACUUCUACAACCACAAGACAUCUAUCUUCACACCAUGCUUUGGGACGCCAACCAAUGUACGAAUCAACAGCAAAAUGACAACAAACGAAGUCAUAGUGCAGUUACUCAAGAAAUUUAAGGUAGAGAAUGACCCCAAGGAAUUUGCUCUGUACUGCAUUCACCAGAGUGGCGAGAAGAGAAAACUGAGUGACCUUGACUUCCCCUUGUGGGAGCGAGUGCUUCAGGGGCCAUCAGAGAACAUCAUGAGGAUGUUUCUGAUGGAUACAGAUGAACAGGAGGUCAGCAACGAUGUGGCUCAAUAUCUAAACCUGGAGUUGCCCCUUUUGGAGGCUGUUCUGCACAGGCUGGAGGAAGAGGAGGAAAGGGAGAUAGCCAGGGUCAUUGCAAAAAACGCACCGCCCCAGAACGCCUGUGGGCUCAUAGAAGAGCUGUGUUACACAUCACCAGAUGUGGUGCAUCCGCUCGCUGCCAGGGGCGUGCUGUUGUACCGAGCACAGGCAGGCGACGCUUAUUAUCUCAAGCAGGAAACUCGAUGUCCUGGAACUGCUGAUAAAGGACUUUGACUGGAGUCUACCCAUGUUGG